AUGAAUACAGGUUUCGGUCGGCAUGCACUGAAUGUGAGAGGUGAACCGAUGAAUGUGGACGAUGCGAAUCAAGCGAAAGGUCUAGAUCCAACCUACGCAGCCGAACGCAUCUUUUCGGCCUUAGUGAAUCGUAAAACUGAAUUGCUGCUAGCCCCACUGCUUCAUCGUUUAGGCAUUUUCUUGCGCUGGUUAUGGCCAAAUCUUUUCUUCUAUUUGAAUUAUAGGCGUAGUCUGAAGGAGGCUGCAAUUCAUCACGCAAAACAAGAGUAA